AUGUCGGAACCAUUGUCUGCGGAGGAGGUUGACCGGUACACCUCGAUUAUCGAUGACAUCCUUGCUACCGCCGACCUCGCGACCGUGUCGCGGAAAAAGGUGCGAUCGGCAUUGGAACGUAAGCUUGGGGGGAAGGACCUGAGCGACCAGAAGAAUGCCAUCAAGACCCUCAUCGAGCAGCGAUUCGACGCCAUCGCCGAGGAUCCGACGCCUCCCGAGGCUAUGCCCACACCCCCACACAAGUAUGAUGAUGAGGUUACCAGUAAUGGCUUGCCGAACGGCACCAAGCAAGAGCAUGGCGAUACGGAUGUUGAUCCCAUGGACGACGCCUCCGGAGGCGAGAUCCAGGUGUCGACGGCACCCCGCAAGAAGCGGACGUCGUCAAUGGUCGAGGACGAGGACGCCCGGCUUGCUCGUGAACUUCAGGCGCAAGAGAAUCAGCUAGCACGCGGCCGCCAGACCAGGCGUGGAAAUGACAGACCCAAGACAAAGUCCAAGCCGAAGAAAAAGAGCUCUGCCAAGGUCAAAGACGACAGUGACUUGGAUACCGAGGACUCUGGCACCACAAAGAAACGCAAGGCUGGCGGCGGGUUUCAGAAAGAGUUCAACCUCAGCUUCCCGCUGCAGGAGAUCGUGGGGGCCGAGCGGCUGUCACGUCCUCAGGUCGUCAAGAAACUGUGGGAGCACAUCAAGGCGAACGACCUGCAGGAGCCCACCGACAAGCGACAGAUACGCUGCGACGACAAGAUGCAGGCAGUGUUCAAGCAGACCACUGUCAACAUGUUCUCGAUGAACAAGCUCCUGGGCAGCCAGCUCUACCCGCUUGACGAGUGA